CUUAUUUCCAAUAUCGGGACAGAGAUGAAAACUAAACACAACCAAUCUUGAAAACUUCCCCUUGCGGGAAUGCAUGCAGCAUUAUGCCUUUUCCCCUCCGCAUUCCGGACAAAAAUAUGACCAGCCACCCAUAGUUAUCUAAUUCCGGAUUCAUGUUGGAGUUGUUGUCACCACUUCCUAUGAUUCCCUACAUCCCUACAAUGUCCGAAAACGGGAGCGUGAUGGUGACCUUUAAAAGGUUUCUUAUAAAUUCACUAGUGACAGUAGAUACCGGAAGUAUGGAGGCCUGUCAGUUGCUCGCUCUGGGAUAGAUGUGAGUACGCAACCCUGUCAUGGGUCGCCUUGACUCUAUCUGCGAUGCAAAACUGCAUGGCAGGAUCAAUCAUUCACGCCAUUUUUGUUUACCUGCAUUGACCUGGUGCGCUGUUAGUUGUAUGUGCAUGUUUAUGAUUUUUACCAGCGUAUACUUCUCAAGGUAUUCGCUUUUCGAGUUGGGUCUGCUGCCUCUUUUUAUUCAAAGAGUGAGCCCGGCACCAUUCCACGCUUACUCCAGAAAUCUUGGACUGUUCGAGAAACCAAAAGAUAUCAGAAUCGUUGCACUAGUACCAUUUCGUAACCAUGAGCGAACGGGGAUCCUGGAUUGCUACCUUCAAAGGAACCUCAUCGAUAACCAUGGAUUCCUCGAUCAAGUAAUAUUUAUCCCGCAGACGAAUAACACGGAAAGUCUAGAAUGGCUCGCGUCUACUGUGAAACGCACCCCUCUCUACCAAGUCUUGGGCUUCGGUGAUUAUAUCCAGUGGGGUGGCAUGGAUGGGAAUGUGAUUUUCAUCAAAAUAGAUGGCGAUAUCAUCUUCUUGGAGGAUCAUACGGUCUCUACAAUCGUCAAAACCAAGCUUGACCACCCUGAUUCCCUAAUAGUCUCAGCAAAUGUUAUUAACCAAGCAGCUCUUCAAGCCCUCCAUAGCCAUCCUGGUGUUGCCCUUCCCUAUCUUCCCGAGCUUUCUUCCUCCGACCAGUCUCGGGCUCCUAUCACCCAGGAUUGGCGGGCCACAGAUCUUCCAACCUGGAAAGGCCCUGCCGAUUUCAAAAUACUAAAGGGAUAUCUCCCUCCCUCUGAGAGCUAUCGCUGGCUUCCGUUGGCGGAUGAGGAUGGGGAUCGAACACCAAUUGGCAUGUCCAUAUAUGGUGACAACGGGCCUGAACUGGAUGACUGGACGGUCCAUGCACAGCAGCACUAUUCGUUCCUGCAACAUCUCGAAGACGGCAAUCUAUAUCGGUAUAAAUUUCCCGUGUGGGUCGAUCCCACCGACAGUGUUAGCCCCAACUUUCUUUGUCUACGAGCAGGCGACCCAAGCAUUGUGAAGUCUAUCAUUCAACAGGACUCAGAUAAGCUAUCCUUAGAGGUCGCACAGAAACUUUUGGGCAGGGACCCAGGCGCUAUAAUCGACGGGAAAGGGCUAGCUGCGCAUUACUCCAUUGAGGCAAGUUUGGGGGGGCUGGAAUCUACUGAUCUCCUCCAUCGGUAUCGAGCGUACGCUGAGGAAAUGGUUUGCUUAGAUACUUUCUGACCCUACUUAAUCCCAUCUGCACUCAAUGAUAAUAGAGAAAUGAACAUCUCUGGGGAUAAUUCGACGAUCCAUAAUUAUAUAAUACUUGACUCUAUCCGGUUGUUGAGCCUUUUUCCACACCUGUAAGCUUAGACCAAUCUAGAUAUAAUGUGUUCUGUAUAAUCCUGAGGCUGUGCUGGAGUAUAAAUUCAACGUUCUCUGGUGCUUUCCAGGUGCCGCAAGACCUGGCUGUUCAUCAGGCCUUGUAGCGUACUUUUGGCCGAUUCUGAAAGUUGAAUAGGCU